CAAGCUGCAUCGUGGACUGCGUCUUGCCGAUACCAACAGCCCACCGCAUCGCAUCGCAUCGCACCACUUACCUUCUGCCCCCCGUCCAUCCCACGGCAUACAACACCGCCCGCCAUGGCUGUCGACGAGUCCAGCAGCCCGCCCGAUGUCAUGACCCUCUACAGCUGGCCAAGCGCCUUCAACCUGCCCAGCCUCGAUCCCUUCUGCCUCUCCCUGAUCACCUAUCUGACUCUGUGCGCUCGCGGCUCGCCUCACUGGCAGAUCCAGCCGUCCUCAACCCCGCAGCUUUCGCCCAACGGUGCUUUUCCGAUGCUCCUGGCCGGCGCCGAGCCCAUUGCGGGCACCUCCAACAUCCUGGCCUUUCUCAAGAAGCGCGAUGGAGCCGAUCUGGACACACAUCUGACCGAAUCGCAGCGCGCCCAGGCGACAGCAUUGAUUUGUCUCAUCGAGGAAAAUCUCAACAACGCCCUGCUGUAUACAUGGUGGCUCGAGUCUGAAAACUUUGUCAAGUCCACUCGUCCAAAGUUCUCCAAGGCUCUCGGAUUCAUCAGCCGUUACUAUGUGCCGAACCAGCUGCGCGAAAAGGCCCGCUUCCGACUCAAGGGCACCCGCACGAUUGAGUCCGACGGCAAGGAGGUGCCGGAGGUGUACUUGGAGGCUCGGGACAUCUACAAGGAGCUUGCCAAAAUGCUCGGCGACAAGCCCUUCUUCUUCGGAGACAGGCCCACCUCGCUCGAUGCAGUCGCUUACGGCCAUCUGGCACUGCACACCUACCCAUCGCUCGCCAACGUGCAGCUCUUCACCAUGCUGUCGUUCGAGUUCCCGACCCUGGUCGACUUUGUCAAGCGCAUCCAGACCAAGCUUGAUGUCGAGGCGAACGACAAGCUCAACCUGCCGAUCAGCCAGGGCCCCGUCAAUGAGUCCAUGCUGGCUUGGAUGAUCAAGGACCCCAAGGCCAUUCUGUACUCGGCAUGGAGGCAGGUCCAGGACAAUGUCACGCACAUGUGGCACGGUGAUGGCGGCCAGAAGACCAAGGAGGAGCGCAAGGAGCUGAUCUACAACACCGCGAUGGUGAUUGGCGGCAUUGUCUUCUUUGUCGGCUAUGCCUUUGCAAGCGGGAUCAUUCAGAUCUCCCAUGAUACACACCACGAUCAUGAUGACGAUGACGACGACGAAGAGUACUAUGAAGACGACGAAGCAUAGACCGAUGUGGCUCGGACGCAGCCAAUCCUCACGAAGGCAUGUCCCCCCUGUCAUGGCGAACCGCCAUAGUGAACCGCCAUAACGGACUGCCCCACAUCAUACACGUACAACAGCGCACUGCCCAAUCCAUGAUGCAGUCGAGUCCGUCCCUUUCCCAUUCACCAAAUACAGACGCACCCCGUGCGAAAGAUCGCCCCAGUCGCGGCGAGAUCGAUUCAUAUCAGAGGCAGUGUACGGAUCCAUGUAUUCAGAUUGG